AGAGAGAGAGAGAGCGAGAGCGAGAGCGAGAGAGAGAGCGGCAGAGGGGUAGAGAGAAGAAGAAGCCGAAUAGAGUUAAGAUGGCGGCAUGUGGGUGAGGAGGCAGUAGAAGCUCAACUCGAGGGGUUUUCGCCAUUAAACGUCUCCUAUGAUUCCACAUUCACAUCAUAAUCGAAAGAAAAACUGUUUCCACACCUUCCACGCAUCCGUGUGUGAUUUAGGAUUGAACCCAUGACAUCUAUACACUUCGUGGUUCACCCGUUGCCCGGGACCGAGGAUCAGCUCAAUGACAGGCUCCGCGAAGUCUCUGAAAAACUCAACAAAUACAGCUACAGCAGUCACCCACACCUCAGUUUGCUGGAGCAGGCGCCACUGAAACAGUGUGUUGUUGGUCCAAACCAUGCUGGAUUUCUACUGGAGGAUGGACGAGUGUGUAGAAUCAGCUUUGCGGUCCAGCCUGAUCGUUUGGAGCUUAGCAAACCAGAUGGCAACGAUGGUUCAAAGUUGAGCAGUGGUUCAGGGACAGGAAGAAGCUCCAGGCCAGGCAGGACUAGUGAUCCGCCCUGGUUCCUGUCUGGUUCUGACACACUUGGCAGACUGGCAGGCAACACCCUUGGGAGUCGCUGGAGCUCUGGUGUAAAUGGAGGCAGUGGAGGAGGUGGAAGUGGAGGUGGUGCAGGGGGAGGUGGAGCACCAAGUGGCAGCAGCGGAGGAGGGGGUGGCAGUGGAGCAGGUGGGGGUGGAAGCACAUCAGGCAGGUCGUCAACAGCGGCUCGUGAUUCUCGCAGACAAACCAGAGUGAUCCGAACGGGAAGGGACCGUGGCUCAGGCCUUCUUGGUAGCCAGCCACAGCCAGUCAUACCAGCUUCUGUCAUCCCUGAAGAACUUAUAACUCAGGCCCAAGUAGUUCUGCAGGGUAAGUCCAGGAGUGUGAUCAUCAGAGAGCUCCAGCGGACCAACUUAGAUGUCAACCUCGCUGUCAACAACUUGCUGAGCCGGGAUGAUGAGGAUGGGGACGAUGGUGAUGAUACGGCCAGCGAGUCCUACCUCCCUGGAGAGGACCUGAUGUCCCUCUUGGAUGCUGACAUUCACUCUGCCCAUCCCAGCGUGAUUAUCGAUGCUGAUGCCAUGUUCUCUGAGGACAUCAGCUACUUUGGUUACCCAUCUUUUAGACGAUCCUCUCUGUCACGUCUGGGAUCCUCCAGAGUUCUCCUUCUUCCCUUAGAGCGCGACUCUGAGCUGUUGCGUGAGCGUGAGUCUGUGUUGAGGUUACGCGAGCGCCGGUGGCUGGAUGGUGCCUCGUUCGACACAGAGCGAGGUUCAACCAGCCGUGAGGGCGAGCCCAGUCUGGAUAAGAAGAGUAUCCCAGUCCAGAGCCCAGUCUCCCUGGGAGAAGAGCUGCAGUGGUGGCCUGACAAGGAUGGUGUGAAGUUUGUGAGCAUUGGAGCCAUGUUUUCAGAGUUGGUGGCUGUGAGUUCAAAAGGAGAGCUUUAUCAGUGGAAAUGGAGUGAACCUGAACCUUACAAGAAUGCACAGAAUCCUUCCAUUCAUCACCCCCGUGCAUCAUUCCUGGGUGUUGCCAAUGAAAAGAUCACCUUUUUGUCUGCCAAUAGCAUCAGAGCCACCGUAGCUACAGAUACCAACAAGGUUGCAACCUGGGUGGAUGACACACUGAGCACAGUAGCCUCAAAGCUGGAACACAGUGCUCAGGCUUUCCCUGAGUUACAAGGGGAACGCAUGGUGUCCCUGCACUGCUGUGCACUCUACACUUGUGCACAGCUGGAGAAUAGCCUUUAUUGGUGGGGUGUUGUGCCUUUUAGUCAACGGAAAAAGAUGCUUGAAAAGGCAAGAGCCAAGAACAAAAAGCCAAAGUCCAGCGCUGGUAUCUCCUCCAUACCCAACAUCACUGUAGGAACACAGGUGUGCUUGAGGAAUAACCCCCUCUACCACGCCGGUGCAGUGGCCUUUUCUGUCAGUGCUGGAAUUCCAAAAGUGGGCGUCCUUCUGGAAUCUGUCUGGAAUAUGAACGACAGCUGCAGGUUUCAGCUGCGCUCACCAGAGAGCCUCAAGAACAUGGAGAAGACCACCAAGACCCAGGAAAUCAAGACUGAAAGCAAACCAGAGCUGGUGAAGACAGAGAUGGGUCCUCCACCCUCCCCAGCAUCUACCUGCAGUGAUACCUCUUCUAUUGCUAGCAGUGCCUCACUGCCCUACAAGCGAAGGCGUUCCACUCCUGCUCCGAAAGAGGAGGAGAAAGUGAAUGAAGAGCAGUGGCUUCUCAGAGAGGUGGUGUUUGUGGAGGAUGUUAAAAAUGUCCCAGUGGGAAAGGUGCUUAAAGUGGACGGUGCUUAUGUUGCUGUGAAGUUCCCAGGGACAUCAAGCAGCAUGAGCAACCAGAGCACAGCUGCUCCCCCUGACUCAGACCCAUCAUCACUGUUGCAGGACUGCAGACUCCUCAGGAUAGAUGAGCUCCAGGUGGUGAAAACAGGUGGGACUCCCAAAGUCCCUGAUUGUUUCCAGCGUACACCUAAAAAGCUGUGUAUUCCAGAAAAGGCUGAGAUUCUGGCUGUGAAUGUUGACUCCAAAGGAGUCCAUGCGGUGCUGAAAACUGGUAACUGGGUAAGGUACUGUAUCUUUGACCUGGCUACAGGCAAAGCUGAGCAGGAGAAUAACUUCCCCACCAGUAAUCUGGCCUUUUUGGGACAAAGUGAGCGCAACGUGGCCAUCUUUACUGCCGGACAAGAAUCUCCAAUCAUCCUUCGAGAUGGAAAUGGCACAAUCUACCCCAUGGCCAAAGACUGCACAGGUGGAAUUCGAGAUCCCGAUUGGCUGGACUUGCCACCUAUAAACAGUCUGGGGAUGGGAGUUCACUCUCUGGCCAAUCUCCCAUCAAACUCCACCAUCAAAAAGAAAGCUGCUAUUAUUAUCAUGGCUGUUGAGAAACAAACACUGAUGCAGCACGUGCUGCGUUGUGAUUAUGAGGCAUGUCGGCAGUACCUGGUGAAUCUUGAACAAGCUUUCCUGUUGGAUCAGGGCAACCAGGCCCUCGGAGCACUUCUGGGUCACCGUUGUGAUGGAAACCGCAACAUCCUCCAUGCUGCUGUGUCUGUCUGCUUCCCUGUUAGUAAUAAGGAGACCAAAGAAGAGGAAGAAGCUGAAAGGUCAGAGAGAAACACAUUUGCAGAGCGCCUGUCUGCUGUGGAGGCAAUUGCCAAUGCGAUCUCUGUGGUUUCUAGCAACAGCUCUGGGAACCGGACUGGCUCCUCCAGCAGCAGGGGUCUCAGACUUAGGGAGAUGAUGCGCAGGUCUCUUCGAGCAGCGGGGCUUGGCCGUCAUGAGUCUGGUCCCUCAUCCAGUGAUCACCAGGAUCCAGUGUCACCACCCAUAGCACCACCCAGUUGGGUGCCUGACCCCCCACCAAUGGACCCUGAUGGCGACAUUGACUUUAUUCUCGCACCAGCGGUCAGUUCACUCACUACUGCCUCCACAGGGAACAGCCAGGGACCCAGCACAUCCACCAUAUCAGGACCAUCAACAGAGCCAUCAGUGGUAGAAUCUAAGGACCGGAAGGCCAACGCCCACCUCAUCCUUAAACUGAUGUGUGACAGUGUUGUUCUGAGGCCACACCUACGGGAGCUGCUCUCGGCAAAGGAUGCCCGUGGAAUGACUCCAUUCAUGCUGGCUGUCAGUGGCAGAGCCUACCCUGCAGCCAUCACUGUCUUAGAGGCAGCUCAAAAGUUGGCUAAAGUGGGUGAUCCUGGCAUUUCAGAGAAGGAGGAUGCAGACUCUGUAUUUAUGCAAAUGGUUUGUCCCUCUGGGACCAACCCUGAUGACUCGCCCCUGUAUGUGCUCUGCUGCAAUGACACCUGCAGUUUCACUUGGACUGGAGCUGAACACAUUAACCAGGACAUAUUCGAGUGUCGAACCUGUGGUUUGCUGGAGUCUCUCUGCUGCUGCACUGAGUGUGCAAGGGUGUGUCACAAAGGACACGACUGCAAGCUGAAGAGGACAUCUCCCACUGCAUACUGUGACUGUUGGGAGAAAUGCAAGUGUAAGACACUUAUUGCAGGCCAGAAGGCUGCACGCCUCGAUCUUCUCUACAGGUUACUCACAGCCACAAACCUCGUUACGACACCAAACAGCAGAGGAGAGCAUAUAUUGCUGUUCCUAGUUCAGACUGUUGCCAGGCAGAGUGUUGAACACUGUCAGUACAGACCACCACGAAUCAGAGAAGACAGAAAUCGCAAGGCUGCUAAUGCAGAAGAUUCUGAUAUGCCAGACCAUGAUCUAGAACCACCUCGCUUUGCUCAACUGGCCCUGGAGAGGGUUCUACAGGAUUGGAAUGCUCUCAAGUCUAUGAUCAUGUUUGGUUCCCAGGAGAAUAAAGAUCCACUUAGUGCCAGUAGCAGAAUUGCUCACCUCCUGCCUGAAGAGCAGGUCUACUUGAAUCAGCAGAGUGGCACCAUACGCCUCGACUGUUUCACCCACUGCCUCAUUGUCAAAUGUGCUCCUGAUAUCACAUUUAUAGACACUUUAUUGGGUACUUUGGUGAAAGAGCUACAGAACAAGUACACUCCUGGCCGCAGAGAAGAGGCAGUUAUUGUCACAAGGAGGUUUCUUCGCUCCGUAGCCCGAGUGUUUGUUAUCCUGAGUGUGGAAAUGGCUUCCUCCAAAAAGAAAAACAACUUCAUCCCUCAGCCUAUCGGGAAAUGUCGGCGAGUUUUUCAGGCGCUUCUGCCCUAUGCUGUGGAAGAGCUGUGCAAUGUGGCAGAGUCACUGAUUGUACCAGUGCGCAUGGGUAUCGCAAGACCUACAGCUCCCUUCACUCUGGCCAGCACCAGCAUUGAUGCUGUUCAGGGCAGUGAGGAGCUAUUCUCUGUUGAACCUCUGCCUCCAAGACCCUCACCUGAUCAGUCCAGCAGCUCCAGCCAGACAGCUGCAUCCUAUAUCAUCAGAACUCCCCAGCCUCGACGUAGCAGUCAGUCUCAGCCUGUCAGAGGAAGAGAUGAGGAACAGGAUGACAUUGUGUCAGCAGAUGUGGAAGAGGUUGAAGUGGUAGAGGGUGUAGCAGGAGAGGAGGACCAUCAUGACGACCAGGAAGAGCAGGGAGAGGAAAAUGCUGAGGCAGAAGGACAGCACGAUGAACAUGACGAGGACGGAAGCGAUAUGGAACUUGAUCUGCUGGCUGCAGCCGAGACGGAGAGCGACAGUGAGAGUAACCACAGCAAUCAAGAUAAUGCUAGUGGCCGCAGGAGUGUUGUUACAGCGGCAACUGCUGGCUCUGAAGCAGGCAGUAGGGUGUCCUUGGCAUUUCCUAUUUUUGGUGCCAGCAGUGUCCCUGCCUUCUUUUCAGAGGAUGACUCUCAGUCCAAUGACUCCAGCGACUCUGAUAGCAGCAGCAGUCAGAGUGAUGAUGUUGACCAGGAAACCUUCCUUUUGGAUGAACCACUAGAAAGAACAACCAGCGCCACACAUGCCAACAGUGCGGCACAGGCUCCGCGUUCCAUGCAGUGGGCUGUGAGAAACACCCCCAGCCAGAGAGCCACAGGAAGUGCGCCGCCAAGCUCCUCUACCCCAGCCACGAGCUCCACAGGCCUGAUCUAUAUUGAUCCGACCAACCUCCGUCGGUCCAGUGCCAUCAGCUCCAGUGCUGCUGCAGCAGCAGCUGCGCUGGAGGCCAGCAACUCAAGCAGUUAUCUAACAUCGGCAAGCAGCCUGGCCCGGGCUUAUAGCAUUGUCAUCAGGCAAAUCUCAGACCUUAUGAGCCUCAUUCCCAAGUAUAACCACCUGGUCUACUCGCAGUAUCCUGCUGCUGUGAAGCUCACUUACCAGGAUGCAGUCAGUCUGCAGAACUAUGUGGAAGAAAAACUUAUUCCAACCUGGAACUGGAUGGUGUCCAUCAUGGAUUCCACUGAAGCUCAGCUGCGAUAUGGCUCAGCACUGUCAUCUGCUGGAGACCCUGGUCACCCUAGUCACCCUCUUCAUGCCUCACAGCACUCAGCUCGCAGGGAGCGGAUGACCGCUCGGGAAGAGGCCAGCCUCCGAACUCUGGAAGGACGCAGGAGAGCAGCAACUCUGCUAACUACCCGCCAAGGCAUGAUGUCAGCUCGAGGCGACUUCCUGAAUUAUGCUUUGUCGCUGAUGCGAUCCCACAACGAUGAGCACUCAGAUGUCCUUCCUGUGCUGGACGUCUGCUCACUCAAACAUGUGGCCUACGUUUUUCAGGCUCUAAUCUACUGGAUUAAGGCCAUGAACCAACAGACCACACUGGACACUCCCCAGAUUGAUAAAAAGAGAAACCGUGAAAUUUUGGAACUGGGUUUGGACAAUGAAGAUUCUGAACAUGAGAAUGAUGAGGACACCAAUCAAAGUUCAACUCUGCAGGACAAGGAUGAAGACCCAGUACCCACUGAAACGGGUCAGAAUCAUCCCUUCUUUCGACGCUCCGACUCCAUGACUUUCCUGGGCUGCAUCCCACCCAAUCCCUUUGAUGUUCCCUUGGCUGAAGCCAUUCCGCUUGCCGACCAGCCCCACCUUCUGCAGCCCAAUGCCAGGAAAGAGGAUCUGUUUGGCCGUCCCUCUCAGGGCUUGUACUCCUCUUCAUACAUGGCAACCAAAGGCAUGGCCGAGACGAGCAUGGACAGGAACUGCCUGGAGGUAAACAAGGGCUCCUCUCUACCCUCCCCCACUCAGAUCCUGCCAACUAAAAUGUCCUAUUCGGCCAACUUGAAGAACGUGAUGAGUAUGGAAACUGGCCAGCGGGGCACCGAGAACCCAGCCCUUGCCGAGCAGGAGCUGGAGGGAACAAAACCAGGACCCUCACCACAUGACCUCGCUGCCCAGCUGAAGAGCAGCCUCCUUGCUGAGAUUGGUCUGACUGAAAGUGAUGGACCACCUCUGCCCUCAUUCAGACCUCACUGCAGUUUCAUGGGGAUGAUGAUCUCUCAUGACAUGCUGCUUGGUCGUUGGCGUCUGUCACUGGAGCUCUUUGGUCGUGUCUUCAUGGAAGAUGUUGGAGCUGAGCCUGGAUCGAUCCUUACUGAACUUGGUGGCUUUGAGGUAAAAGAGUCCAAAUUCCGUCGGGAGAUGGAAAAGCUGAGGAACCUGCAGUCCCGUGACCUGGCCCUGGAGGUGGACCGCGAUAGAGACCAACUUAUACAGCAGACUAUGCGUCAGUUAAACACGCACUUUGGCAGACGUUGCACAACCACGCCCAUGGCUGUACAUCGAGUAAAGGUGACCUUUAAAGAUGAGCCAGGUGAAGGUAGCGGCGUGGCACGCAGCUUCUACACAGCCAUCGCUCUGGCCCUUCUCUCCAAUGACAAACUGCCCAACCUGGACUGUGUCCAGAGUGUCAGCAAGGGCAUGCAGGCCAGCAGUACGUGUCAUCACGAUUACAAUUCAAAUCUGAUGCAGCGUUUGAGGAACAGAGAUCGAGAAAGAGAGAGGCGAAGUGGAGGUCUUCGAGCAGGUUCUCGAAGAGACAGAGACAGAGACUCCAGGCGACAAUUGUCCAUUGACACAAGACCUUUUAGGCCGUCAUCAGAGGGGAACCCCAGUGACGACCCUGAUCCACUGCCUGCACACAGACAAGCCCUUGGGGAAAGGCUUUACCCACGUGUUCAUGCAAUGCAACCGGCAUUUGCCAGUAAAAUCACAGGCAUGUUGUUGGAGUUGUCUCCUGCACAGCUGCUACUGCUGCUUGCCAGUGAAGAUUCUCUCAGAGCCCGGGUAGAAGAAGCCAUGGAGCUUCUUAUUGCACAUGGAAGGGAAAAUGGUGCUGACAGUAUACUGGACCUUGGUCUCCUUGAUGCACCAGAGAAAACACAGCAGCAAGAAAACCGUAAGCGUCAUGGUUCAACCCGCAGUGUGGUGGACAUGGAGCUUGAUGAUCAAGAUGACGGAGAUGACAAUGCCCCACUCUUUUACCAGCCUGGCAAACGAGGCUUCUACUCCCCACGGCCCGGCAAGAACACAGAGGCCAGACUCAACUGUUUCCGUAACAUCGGCAGAAUAUUGGGGUUAUGUUUGCUUCAAAACGAACUCUGUCCCAUCACGUUGAACAGACAUGUAAUCAAAGUGCUCCUUGGGAGGAAGGUGAACUGGCACGACUUUGCCUUCUUUGAUCCAGUCAUGUAUGAAAGUUUGCGGCAGCUCAUACGUCAUUCACAAGCAGGAGAAGCCGAUGCAGUGUUUGCUGCCAUGGAUCUGGCUUUUGCCAUUGACCUCUGCAAGGAGGAAGGAGCUGGACAGGUUGAGCUUCUGUCUGGAGGUGUCAACAUGCCUGUGACUCCCCUCAAUGUGUACGAGUAUGUGAGGAAGUAUGCAGAGCACAGGAUGCUAGUGGUUGCAGAGCAGCCACUCCAUGCAAUGAGGAAGGGUUUACUAGAUGUCCUUCCCAAGAAUGCCCUGGAGGACCUGACGGCAGAGGACUUCAGGCUGCUGGUCAAUGGCUGUGGAGAAGUCAAUGUACAGAUGCUUAUCAGCUUCACAUCAUUUAAUGAUGAGUCUGGGGAAAAUGCAGAUAAACUACUGCAGUUUAAACGCUGGUUUUGGUCCAUUGUAGAGAAGAUGAGUAUGACUGAGAGGCAAGAUCUGGUGUAUUUUUGGACAUCCAGCCCAUCUCUUCCGGCCAGUGAAGAAGGCUUCCAGCCAAUGCCCUCCAUCACGAUUCGGCCUCCAGAUGAUCAGCACCUCCCCACGGCCAACACUUGCAUCUCACGUCUUUAUGUGCCGCUGUAUUCUUCGAAACAGAUACUCAAACAGAAACUCCUGCUAGCCAUUAAGACCAAGAACUUUGGUUUUGUGUAGAUGUUUGACAGUAAAGAGUUGAAAAAGAGGGGAAAAAAGGACAUUUACUGUUGUGUAAUAUUUACCUAGCUCCAUUUUUGUAGAUUUAUUUUUUGUCUAUACAGUUUUAUGAAAAUUAACAUACUGUCGUUAUCUCCCCAGGCUGUAAUAUUUGUUUGUGUUGUGAACACAAACAACUUAUUUUUAUUUGUUUAAUUGCAUUGUUUUUUUCCCUUUUGUGUUGAUGAAGAAGAGGUCUACAGUCCAGAACAUUCCUGCAUUGGCACUGUAACAUGUAAAGCCCACAGCUCUCCUUUAUUGGCUUCAACCUUUGCUUCCCAGGAAUUUUGGUUUGACAGACAACUGUCAGCCGAAACCCAGCCAAAGAUGACAGCAGUAGAAGUAUUUAAAGAAGAAA